CAGUGUGUGCAUAAGCUGUGCUAUUGUUUUACGGAGAGCAGGGCUGUGGACUACUGCAGUAUCUGGUUUCUGCUACCUAUUUCUGCCUCGCUGCAUCAUAGAAAAUACACAUUGGCCUAUGCUUGCCAAUUGGACUGAAAUAGCCGCUCAUGAUUUUUUUUUUUUCUGCUCUCUCCGUCAAGAGGGGUCUUUCAGCCUCAGUGAGAGUGUUCUGCAGCCUUCAGCUUUAGAGAAAGGUAUUUGGCAGCUGGAUAGCUGGGACUGCAUUGUCUGGCUUCAUGAUCCCUGCUGUGUAAAAUCCCCAUAUAUUUCAUCCCUCAUUUUAUUCUAAUUUAUUUAACUCUGAUCAGAGGCCAGCCAUGUUUGGUACAGAAUCCUCAUUGAGCAUGUUUUUGAACACUCUAACACCUAAAUUUUAUGUUGCCUUGACGGGCACAUCCUCCCUCAUCUCAGGGCUUAUUUUGAUAUUUGAAUGGUGGUAUUUUCGGAAGUACGGAACAUCAUUUAUUGAACAAGUCUCUGUAAGUCACCUGCGCCCUCUUUUGGGAGGUAUUGAUAACAGUACACCAAGUAGCACAAACACGAGUAACGGGGAUGCGGAUUCAAGUCGACAAAGCGUUUCAGAAUGUAAAGUCUGGCGAAAUCCAUUAAACUUGUUUCGUGGUGCGGAGUAUAACAGAUACACAUGGGUGACAGGCCGAGAACCGUUAACAUAUUAUGAUAUGAAUCUUUCAGCCCAGGAUCAUCAGACCUUCUUCACGUGUGACACAGAUCAUAUGCGACCAUCAGAUGCAAUAAUGCAGAAGGCAUGGAGAGAAAGAAAUCCACAAGCCAGAAUUUCUGCUGCACAUGAAGCGCUAGAAUUAAAUGAAUGUGCUACUGCAUUUAUUCUUCUGGCUGAAGAAGAGGCUACUACAAUUGUAGAGGCAGAGAAGCUGUUUAAGCAGGCACUGAAAGCUGGGGAAGGCUGCUACAGGCGGAGUCAACAAUUACAACACCAUGGUGCUCAGUAUGAAGCUCAGCACCGGCGGGACACAAAUGUACUGGUGUACAUUAAGAGGAGACUGGCAAUGUGUGCACGAAAGCUGGGAAGGACGAGGGAAGCUGUGAAGAUGAUGAGAGAUUUAAUGAAGGAGUUCCCGCUGCUGAGUAUGUUUAAUAUUCAUGAGAACUUGUUAGAAGCUCUGCUAGAGCUCCAGGCAUAUGCAGAUGUACAAGCAGUCUUAGCAAAAUAUGAUGAUAUAAGUUUACCAAAAUCAGCCACAAUAUGUUACACAGCGGCACUGCUGAAAGCCAGAGCCGUGUCAGACAAAUUUUCCCCAGAAGCCGCAUCGCGGCGAGGGCUCAGCACAGCAGAAAUGAACGCUGUAGAGGCCAUUCACAGAGCAGUGGAGUUUAAUCCACAUGUGCCAAAAUAUCUUCUUGAAAUGAAGAGUUUAAUACUCCCCCCCGAGCACAUACUGAAGAGAGGGGACAGUGAGGCGAUAGCAUAUGCCUUCUUCCACCUUCAGCACUGGAAAAGGGUAGAGGGAGCUUUAAAUCUCUUACAUUGUACGUGGGAAGGGACAUUCAGAAUGAUUCCUUACCCACUGGAAAAAGGGCACCUUUUCUAUCCAUAUCCCAUCUGUACAGAAACGGCAGACAGAGAAUUACUUCCAUCAUUCCAUGAAGUUUCAGUAUAUCCAAAGAAAGAGCUUCCUUUCUUCAUCCUCUUCACAGCCGGUUUGUGCUCCUUCACAGCCAUGCUGGCUCUCCUCACACACCAGUUUCCAGAGCUCAUGGGAGUGUUUGCGAAAGCUUUCCUGAGCACUCUUUUUGCACCUUUAAACUUCGUAAUGGAGAAAGUUGAAAGCAUACUCCCUUCCAGUUUAUGGCACCAACUCACACGGAUUUGAGACUCUUGCAGCAUCUCAAGAUUAACACAACACCUUCGCUGCCAACAGCAUGAAUUCAAAAAGAACAGUUAUCUAAAAAUGAAUAGACUGUCUUUUCUCAUAUACAAGCUGGUUCUGUUGUAAAUGGGAUAAACAUCAUGUUCUGGUCAAUUAUAUUUUACCUUCGGGGACAAGAAAAAAACAAACAAAACAAUUCUUUAAAAUAAAGUUUUGUAUAUGGCAGCAUUGUUUCCUCAUGGUGGCUUUCGUGGUAUGAAGUUACGCCUUCCAUAUUGAAACUCACUAUAGAGUGAAAGUUGGUAUCAGUCAACUGCAUGUGACUUCACAGAAGCUAAGCCACAUUUGCAAAACUCACUCACUGGGGCCGCCCAUGCAUCACAUGACGGCCUUGCUAGCAGCACCGUACCAAAAUAAAUGGUCAUUCAUGAGGACUAA